CUUCUCUUUUCUUUACUACCUCAAAACCUAGACAAAGAUGCCACCUUCACGUUUCAGUCAGGUAUCUCGUUAUAGAAAUGCAACAUUAACGACAGCAAAACCAUUGGAAAGAUUUACAGAAUUAGGAAUUGGAAGUGUACCGGAUAGUGGAAUUGGAAGAGUGAUCGGUGUAACGGCUGCUUCGGGACAUAUAUUUGCUCGAACCAGUACUUCUCCGAAUUCAUUGUUAGUCCUACCGUCAAAUGCACCCAAAAAGUACGCAAAACAACCACCUCUACUUCAUGGCAUUUGUCAAGGUGUUUUGGGAGAUUUCGAUCUAGCAAAAUGGCAAGAGGAUCAAGGCAGGACACUACUUGCAGCUGGUUCUUUAUCUGGUGCAAUCAGUGUUAGAAAUGUCAACUUGCCUGAAUUGGAGGGAAGUGCAGAUCAGAGUACUGUGGCAUUGCCAGCACAAUCGUCUGGAGAAACCAGCUUAUCAUCACAGGCUGGCACAAGCGGAAGCGUCACAUCCUUGCAAUUUCACCCAAACGUACAAUCACUGUUGGCAUCUAGCUCCCUGCAAAGCAACAUUGUACAGCUGUGGGACGUAAAGGCAGGUACGAAUGUUGCACAUUGGGACGCAGGAACACCGCAAUACGAUAUCAAAUGGUCUGUUGAUGGUAGCUUACUUGCCGGUUCGGGCAAAGAUGCAACUGUUCACCUAUGGGAUGCUCGUCAAGGCGGAUCCAAUACAGCAGCUGAGAUCGUUUCUGCUCAUGCUUCAAAAGUGAAACCAAUCAAAUGCACUUUUAUCAACGAACAGACUCCACAUCUACUCUUGACAACCGGUUUCAGUCAAAUGCGUCAAAGAGAAGUUGCGAUUUGGGAUCAUCGGAAUAGCAAAGAACCACUAAAGCGAAACACAUUAGACGUUUCCUCUUCCGGUUUCGAACCGAUUUGCGAGUACGAUAGAGGGAUCGUAUAUCUAGUAGCAAAAGGAGAUUCAAGUGUUCGUUGGAUCGAUGUCGGAUCACAAGAUCAAGGAGCUUCGUUCGCCGAAGGUGUUUUCCCGAUUGACUUUUCUGCGUCUUCUGCUGCAAUUGCACCUUCUGCCUCUAAUGAUGUCACUGUAGGAGAGAUUGCAAAAUUGUACAUUGCUACUGGAUCAACUUCAGGUGGUGCAAGUGCUUCUGAUGCAAUCGUACCUUCAAGUGUGCGAGUUCCAAGACGAAACUUUAUCGACUUUCAUGCCGACCUUUACCCUGAUACAGUACUCAGAUCGGAUAAGGCAGGCGCUUUGGGUAUAGACGAAUGGAAAGCAGGAAAAGAAGCUGUGCUAGAGAAAGUUUCAAUGGAUCCAAGUCUACGAACGCAAAGGCAGGUAUCUGCUCCGACCAAGGUUGUGAGAGAAGAGGAAGCCCCAAAAAGUGUCGAGACCACGUCAGCUUCGAUCAGUCAAGCUAAUGACAGUAGUGAAAAGGCUUCAAGCUCGGUAUCUCCAGCACCUAUUCAAGUUCAAACUGAAAAGUCAACCGAAACAAAGUCACCUGUCCCGAUGACUAGCAAUGCAAAGCAGAAAUCAGAUGCAGCCCUCCCUGCCCCUUCUAGGAACACCUCUGCGAUACAUCCGAGUAAAGCUUUAUCUCAGGGUGCAGCCACAAAAGCUGUCCUUCCCGCUGAAAAGACACACUGGUCUCGCAGACCGAUGGCCGGUAGUACACCUUUGAUUUCAGCUUAUCAGAAUUUGUCUUCGUUGGACAUUUCAAGAAGUCCUGAUGCACGCAUGAUUGCCAUUUCACGUCGCUUCUUUGCUUUACCUAUCUCUGGUCCUGGUGGUCGAUUAGGCGUGCAUCCGAUCGAGAGUACAGGUCGACUACCGCUUCACUUUCCAAGCUUGAAUCACGGAACCCCAUUAAUUGAUUUCUGCUUUGAUCCUUUCAAUGAUGAUCAGAUCAUUUCUAUCGCUGCAGAUGCAACUGUACGCCUUUGGGGUAUCCCUGAACCAGUUGAAGGUGAAAAUGGUAUUGAAUUUGCAUCAGAACAACUCGGUAACGUGAAGCCGAUCAGUGAAGUUCAAUUACCUGGAAGCGGAAAGGUUUCGGAAUUGGUACCUCAUCCAUUCAUACAAGGUCUAGUUGCAGCUCUCCCAGCCGACGGGGAAGGUAAACUACAUUUGAUCGAUCUGACAACAUCUAUAAUCGUAAGCAUAGACAUACCCGGUCAAGGACUCUUUAGUGGAAGUUGGAGCCCUGAUGGAAGCGUCUUGGCCGUAUCUGCAAAGGACAAGAAAGCCUACAUUCUGGAUUUGAGAGCGGGUGCAAAAGCUGAAGUGCUUGCUUCAAUUGCUGCGCACGACAGUCCACGCUCGUUCCGUUGUGUUUGGGUAGAUGGUGAAUACCUUCUCACAAUUGGUCAUACGAUUGGAUCUUUGCGACAAAUCAAGCUGUUCAGACUUGGUGGAUUUGAGGGUGUUGAAGAGAUUGCAAAGCAUAAUCUAGAUGCUUCUCCUUCGGUUUUAUUCCCUUCCUAUGAUCCUGAUACAAAUAUCCUAUACUUGUGGAGCAAAGGGGAACGCAUCGUUUCCGCUUAUGAAGUUCAACCGGAUGCAGAAGCAGCGGCUGCCAAUACGGGAACAGGAACGAGUACAGCAAGAGCGAUGGCCCAACAACAAUCCAAAGAAAUUUUUACGCAACUUCCGUCAUUUCAACAUGCGAAUCCACAAUUGGGCGUCACAUUUUUACCCAAAGAUAUGUUGGACGUACGGAAUGUAGAAGUGGCAAGUGCUUUCCGUGUUUGCAAAUCUGACCUUCAACGUGUCUCCUGGAACGUUCCUAGAAGUCGACCUGAAUUCUUCCAAGAUGAUGUAUACCCACCAACAGUGUUGAUUCGACAGCCACUUUUGGACAUUGAAUCUUGGCUAUCAGGUCAAGAUGUAGCCCAACCAGUGCCUCGUACAUCUUUGCAGCCGGAAAAUAUGACUGCAUUAUCUCAAGCACCACCACCUCAAGUCAAACAAUCAAGCCUUUCAAAAGGACCAACAAUUCGACAAUUAACGGAAAAAGAGAAAGAAGAUGCGAUGUUCAAAGAUAUUUUUGAUAAAGCAAAAGGUAAUGAUGGAGAAAAAGAUCCAAAUCAUAACGAAAAUCAAGCAGCACGUGCUCCACAAAAUGACGAUUGGGAUGAUGAUGAUUAAUUGUGAUGCAAAGGGAAGAGGGUUUAAUUUGAUUGUGUACAUAUGAAGAUGAUGAAAAAAUGCGUGUAUGAUUGAGAGUAUGUACAUUUGGAUGAUCUGGAAGAGAAAUGUAUGGAUGAACGUGUAUAUCCUACAAUGCUAUAUGAAGAAACGGGAAACACAUGACGAUUUGAAGACCUGAAUAGAGGAGAAAGGU